GAUAAACUACAAACAGUCACAAUGUUACAAAAAUUAAAAAUAAGGGACAUCUUAAAUUCAGUUGAAGCUUUUCAAUGACAUUAGCAACAUUCUACCGUAAAAGUAUUAGUGAUAUAUUUAACUAACUUAAUAAUAAAUAUAGACAGUAAAAGCAAAAAUAGAUGGGUUGUUCGCUGGGCCAGAAAGAUUUGCUCUCCAUUAUGAUGCUUAAUCGCGUGCAAGAGCGCAGAAUCGUCACCAAUAUAGAUUACUGCAAGUGCAUCUACAAAAAUUGUUACGACUGCUGUGACUCUAACUGUUGUGGUUGUCUGUGUAACGGAUGCGAGUCGGUUAUGCCGAUUCACAACAUCAUACCGACACUUGAACCGAAUCCCAACGAUUACUUUGAGUCGAGUUUUGCUGAUUGUUUGACGCUUUCCUAUAUCGAACCAAGUGGGCGAUUUUUAAGAGUUACAAACAGAUCUCCAUAUCUGAAGAAAUCCUUACUGGGAAAAACAAUUGUUCAGUUCUGCGGAGAUGACUUAAUAAAUGUGGUUUGUUGCCCCGACAUUUUCGUAGAGCCCUGUGGAUUUAUGGAUCUCUGGUCACUUUGUGGCUACUAUUCCUGCCCGGGCAUAUCCGACUACUCGUCCUACUGCGACACUGAUAUGUGGCACUGCUCCAGGUACGCCACCACAGUCCUCUGCACUGCCGACGGAAAAGGAUUCGUCGAAAACGGAUUUUCAGUGUUGGAUCCUUACAUGAUCAAAUUUAUAAACAUUAUCUUUUUAUUAUUUUGCCAUUUUGAUAAAGGUUCUGGUAAACAAACUUGGCGUACGCAAAAAAACUUAGUGUAA